AGAUGCACAAAAACCCUCCGCCAUAAUGCUGCGCUUCUUUCCCUGACUAAACAGGCGACACGACGAAUGAAAUAAAGCCUAAACGAGACACACAGCAGACUUCAGGUGUUGGUAUGAUAUUGGAGUGGUCUAGGGAUGCCAAAGGAGAAAUAUGACCCGCCUGACUCCAGGCGGAUGUACACCAUCAUGUCCAGCGAGGAGGCCAACAGUGGGAAAAAAUCUAUCUGGGAUGGGCUUGAAAUAACCGGUAACGUCCGGAGUCUCAGCUCGGGCCUGUGGUCGCUCACACAUCUCACUGCUCUGCACCUCAGUGACAACUGUCUGUCCCGCAUACCGCCUGAAAUCGCCAAGCUGCACAACCUUGCGUUCUUGGAUUUAUCGUCCAAUAAGAUCAGGAGCCUGCCAGCAGAGCUUGGCAACAUGGUGUCUCUCAGGGAACUGCUUUUAAAUAACAACCAGUUGCGGGUUCUGCCUUUUGAGUUGGGGAAACUGUUUCAGUUACAAACACUGGGGUUGAAAGGCAAUCCACUCACUCAAGAAAUCAUGAGCCUCUAUCAGGAGCCUGAUGGCACCCGGCGACUGCUGAACUACCUUUUGGACAAUCUUGCUGGUGCUAUCAAGCGCAUCCCAACAGAGCAGCCUCCGCCCCGCUCCUGGAUUGUGCUGCAGGAGCCUGAAAGAUCAAGACCAACAGCCCUGUUAACUGUAAUGUGCUAUAAUGUGCUGUGUGAUAAAUACGCCACACGCCAGCUCUACGGCUACUGCCCAUCCUGGGCUCUAAACUGGAGCUACAGGAAAAAGUCCAUCAUGCAGGAGAUCCUCAACUGCAAUGCAGACAUCAUCAGCUUACAGGAAGUGGAGACCGAGCAGUAUUUUAACUUCUUCCUGCUAGAGCUGAGUAAACAGGGGUACGAUGGAUUCUUCAGCCCCAAAUCCCGGGCCAGAACCAUGUCUGAAUCAGACAGGAAGCAUGUAGAUGGAUGUGCAAUAUUCUACAAGACUGAGAAGUUCAACGUGGUGCAGAAACACACUGUAGAAUUUAACCAGCUGGCUAUGGCCAAUUCAGAAGGCUCGGAGGCCAUGUUGAAUCGAGUCAUGACCAAGGACAACAUUGGCGUGGCAGUUUUGCUGGAGCUGAAAAAGGAGUUAAUUGAAGUGUCAUCGGGUAAGUCAAUCCAUGCAAUGGAGAAACAGCUCCUACUAGUGGCUAAUGCUCACAUGCACUGGGACCCAGAGUACUCUGACGUGAAGCUGGUGCAGACCAUGAUGUUCCUGUCAGAGGUGAAGAACAUCAUAGACAAAGCGUCUCGCAGUCUGAAGCACUCCUCAGUGUCUGGAGAAACCAGCAGCAUCCCUCUGGUGCUGUGUGCCGACCUCAACUCACUACCUGACUCGGGUGUUGUGGAGUACCUGAGCACAGGUGGAGUCGACUGCACACACAAAGACUUCAAAGAGCUGCGAUACAGCGACAGCCUGACCAACUUCAACUGCAACGGCAAAAACAGCACAUCUAAUGGAAGGAUCACGCAUGCGUUCAAGCUGAAGAGUGCCUACGAGAACGGGCUCAUGCCUUAUACCAAUUACACUUUUGAUUUUAGGGGUGUCAUUGACUACAUCUUCUACUCCAGGCCGCAGCUGAACGUGCUGGGCGUUCUUGGGCCCUUGGACACAAACUGGCUCCUGGAGAACAAUAUCAGUGGCUGUCCGCACCCUCUAAUCCCCUCAGAUCACUUCUCCCUGUUUGCACAACUGGAGUUGGUCCUGCCUUAUCCGUCCGCUCUCAAUGGAGUCCACUUACCUGCACACAGGUAGUGAGCCCUCCUGGCCACUGGUGGCACUGCAGAGUCCCACGUUUUUCUGAAACGAUAAAACCUCUAAGCUAUUCUUUAUUUUUUAAAAUCGACAUAUAUAUAUUUUUUUCUCUUCUACCUUUAUUCAUUUUAGGGUCCAAACAAGUACCUAUGUGUCAGGGAGAUGUGUUUUGUUUUUGUUGAGCUAUAGAUCUUUUUAUUUUUGUUAAAUCAAUCCCCCUCCUAUUGACUGACAUCUUAUCAUUAAUUAUAUUUUAAUGUAUGGGCAUAGCUCGUGUGCAUGUAUCCAAACUGUAAGAUGAAAGUUUAACGCUCGGUCACACGCUCAAAGGGACUGCAGACUGAUUUAACCGAUGCUAAAAACCAGCCGUUAUAAGCUUUAAAAGACAACUUUACCUAAAAAGGAGCUUUAAUUUACUCUUCCUCAGAUUAUUCAAGAUUUUUAAAAGCUGAAACUAUAGUUCUUGGUGGUUUAAUUAAAUGCAUGUCGAUGGUUAGCACUUUGAGAGUCAAAAAAAUCAUACAGGCUCAACACAAUUAAUAGCCAUGGCUUCUGAUGAUGUCUCAUGAAGCGAGAUGAUUGUUUAGUGCAAGAGACUGAACAUUAUUUAUGAGGUUAUUAUCAUUUGUGGCAUAUUAACACACACUUGAGCUGGUGCAGAUUGUUAAUAGUGGAGUGGAAGGGUGCAGUGUUGUGUUGUGCAUCCAAAUAUUGUGUAUCCUGGACGCUGCAGACACACUGACGCCUGCACCAGCAUGUUUGUUCCAGAUGGCCACAAAUGCUGUGGAUUAAAUGUUGUUAAAAAAAA